UCCAAUGGGCCAAAUAUGGGGGAAAGGGCGGUCUUCCACUUGUUAUUCUUCAUGAUCGUCAAAGUUGCAAAUUGCGACUACUUCGAGUGUAGAGAGGGUCCCUGUGUGACCACGCCAAUGGGAAGAGUCUUCGGGCGCCAGGUUGAGAGCAUCCUUGGCAAUGGAGACCUAAAGCGGGUCGACACCUAUCGCGGUAUCCCGUACGCCCAGCCGCCCAUUGGUGACCUGAGGUUCGCGGACCCGCAGCCGAAAACAUCGUGGACUGGUCUGCUCCGAGCAACAAGCUACGGGAAGACAUGUUUCGGCACGAUCUUCAAGGCUGGCAGAUCGCUGGGCCUACGGUAUGCGGAGAUGUGGAACCCACCGGGAAACGAGGCGGCCCUGGCCGAGGAUUGCCUCUACUUGAACAUUUGGACACCAACACGGAAUACCCAGCAGAGUAAGCCCGUUAUGGUUUGGAUUUAUGGUGGAAGCUUUAUCACAGGUUCCUCAAGCCUGUGGGAAUACAACGGCCAGUUCCUCUCCGCCGCGCAGGAUAUGGUGGUUGUCUCAUUUAACUACCGGGUGGGGGCGCUCGGGUUCUUGAAAACAAGGGAUGGCAAAAUACCAGGUAAUCUCGGUUUGAAGGAUCAGCAAAUGGCCCUUAAGUGGGUUCAUGAGAAUAUCCAUCACUUCGGCGGCAACAACGCCACGAUCACGCUGGUUGGUAUGAGCGCCGGAGCGGCGAGUGUGGGCUACCACCAGCUGUCCCAAGGCAGCUGGGGAUACUACAAAAGCGCUGUAAUGAACAGUGGGUCACCAUUUGCCGAAUGGGCCUACACGUCCCAAGAUGACAUAUACGACCAAUCGGACCAACUGCUGAAGCAGCUGCGCUGUAGCGAAAAGGACAACCUACUUCAAUGUUUACGGUCGCUGUCUCCCUUGGCGAUCUUUGAGCAGGAUCGUGACCUAAAAUGGGCGCCAACAGUCGAUGGAACGUUUCUCACAGACACCCCGAAAAACUUAAUCUCAAAGGGCAAAUACAAUAAAGUUCCUCUUCUAAUCAGUUUGAAUAAAAACGAAGGUUCAGUGUUUGCGUACAUCAAAUUAGGUGAUCGAUUUACUACGAGAAAUGGACGCCUGAAACCCAUCACACUUGAACGUUUCCGGUCCAACAUGGACACAAUAUUUCCUGAGACACCGGAAGCGGAACGCGAUACCGCCAUUGAUAUGUACACGCAGGGAAUUAAAUCGAAUGGUACGGCGUUGAGUUUGGCCGUCUCGGAAGUAAUUGGCGAUAGCAGUUUCGUUUGUCCCGUGCUGCGCUGGGCAGACGACAUGACACGUGGUAAUCACGUGUACUUCCUACGGCUUGACUACCGAUCAUCUAUUGAAGAAUCCCCAGAAUGGAUGGGCGUUUUGCAUGGAGCAGAUUAUCAGUGGACAUUUGGCAUCCCCCUUGAUCGGGAUCGCAACUAUCAGCAGCGGGAAAUUGAUUUAGCAGAAAAGUAUAUGAAAUAUUUGGGCAACUUCAUCCGCACUGGCGACCCAAAUGGCGGACGAUUACCUAACUGGUAUCCGUUCUCAGGUCGGCAGGCACUCUGCAUUCAAAACAACAUGAGUAUAGCCAGUUGUGACGUCAUGCAACGAUCACGUGACAGGUGCUGGAGAUGGAACGCCAUCUUGGGUUUGUCAGGAUCGGGAACGAAGGCUGCUGAUUUCCAGUUGACGUCUCUUCUUUCUGUAUUUACUAUUUUAGUAAUUUCAUGCCGACAAUUAUCGAGAUACUUUUAAGUGGAAUCAGCUGUCAGAAAGACUGAAAUCAUUUAUUGGCGAGCAGACUUCUUGUAAAUGUUUAGUAUCUGCAAAAUGUCCAGAUAAAUCGUUUAUGGAAAGUGUAAUUCCCGCCGCACACUUAGCGAUUCGAGGAUUGCACAGCACUUAACAAUGUGACAUAAAAUAAGUUGAGCCAACUAAACUAAUCAAGGAAGUUUUAUAGAGGUAGAUUUGCUUAGUUAUACUUCAUCGCCGAAUUUUAUAAAAUGUUCCCGAUUCCUUGUACAACGAAUAUGAUAUGUAACAAUUAGAUGAACGUAUGGUACUUUGUUGUCACACACGAUGAAGAGCCCAGUGUAAAGGUAUCGGAAUCCGUAGGACAUAAUUUCACCAAAAUCUUUCAAUAUAAAGUUAUAGUCGCCUGA